CGUACUACGUACGCAAAGGCCUCUCAGUUAGCUAAAGCUUGUACUCAUCUCGUCGUCUCGAAUCUCGAUCUCGAUCACUACUCAAAAUGGCUGGUAAUCUCAAGUGGCCGCCAGGUUUUUCCCUUCUCCUCAUUGCCGGCAUGGUCGGCAUCGCCAGUGCCGGCAACAUCGCCGUGUACUGGGGGCAGAACGGCGGCGAGGGCACCCUGGCCGACGCCUGCAACUCGGGCAACUACGCCUAUGUCAUCCUUUCGUUCCUCACCACCUUCGGUAACGGACAGACCCCGGUCCUCAACCUCGCCGGACAUUGUGACCCCGGCUCCGGCGGCUGCACCGGCCUCACCUCCGACAUCCAGGGGUGCCAGUCGCAGGGCAUCAAGGUACUCCUCUCCCUCGGCGGCGCCGUCGGAAACUAUGGCCUGUCCUCCACCGAUGACGCCAACAGCGUGGCCAGCUACCUGUGGGACAACUACCUGGGCGGCAGCUCGUCGUCCCGGCCGCUGGGCGCCGCCGUGCUGGACGGCAUCGACUUCGACAUCGAGAACGGCAACUCGGCGCACUACGACGACCUGGCCAACGCGCUGUCCGGGUUCAGCGCGCAGGGGCAGAAGGUGUACCUGACGGCGGCGCCGCAGUGCCCCUACCCGGACGCGUCGCUGGGUCCCGCGCUGCAGACGGGGCUGUUCGACAACGUGUGGGUGCAGUUCUACAACAACCCCGGGUGCGAGUACGCGAACGGGGACGACACCAACCUGGUGAGCGCGUGGGGCACGUGGACCAGCAGCGUGAACGCCGGGAACUUCUACCUCGGCUUGCCGGCCUCGACAGACGCGGCGGGCAGCGGGUACAUUCAGCCCAGCGACCUGACGGGGACGGUGCUCCCCGCCAUCAAAGGCGUCGGCAACUACGGCGGGAUCAUGCUGUGGAGCCGCUUCUACGACGUGCAGAACAACUACAGCGGCCAGGUGGUGGGCAGCGUGUGAGCAUAGCUUCGAGUACUUCUUGUUCUGGUUACCUCGCUAGCUAUAUAGUGGUUAUUGGUUAAGCUAACGGACUAGACAAAUAAGAGUGGAUCAGCAGACACACUAGCGAGUGGCCAAAAUCUAAAAAUAAAUAACAUGUGGCAUCAUAUUUUUUAAAAUAUGAUAAUAUAUUGAUAUAUUUAUAAAUUUAGCAUAUGUAUUCGGCACAUCAUUUAUGAAAAACCCGAUUUCGAUA